AUGGUUACCCUCGAUCGACAGGAGAUUAUUGCGACUAACAAGUCGCUUCGUCUCAUCAAGAAUGAGCUUGAACAUCUUCUUGAGAAGGGGGUUCUAACAGACGAUGUGUUCGACUCAAUUCAUAGAGCGCUUCCCGCAGAGACCUCCCUCUCUGGUGCGCCUACGCCAUCAACGCGAGGUGCCUCUGUCGUUUCGCCCCCUCCAGGUCCCCCACCGCAACAUACACCACCUGUUCAUUCCAUGGCCAACUUAGCAAUCAAUCAGAACCCGACUUCCACUCCCGCACCUCCAGCAUACAGCUCAACCGGUCCGCCCUCGCUCCCUUCGCGCACAGGGCCUCCUCCUCCACCCCCAUCGAAGCCGAUCAUCGCCCACGCGAAGGCACUCUACAAAUACCAGGCUGCAGAUGAUCGAGAUCUAUCAUUUGAGCGCGAGGAUAAGAUUGCUGUAUACGAAUAUAUGAAUGACGACUGGUGGAUGGGACGCAACAAGCGGACGAACGCCGAGGGUAUCUUUCCCAAGAAUUACGUUGAGAUAGACCACAGUGAGAAGUCAGGUUUCUACGCCCCGGCUCAACCGGUAUACGCUACAGCUACCCCAGGAGAUAAUGGCGGUUAUCCACCGCCGCCGCAGGCCCAAAACCCGUAUAAUGCACAAGUUCCCCCUAUGGCGGUGGCGCAAGGAGGUGGUAGUCCCAGUACGCCCGCCGAACCGAGCAAGAUGGAGCAAAAUGGAAAGAAGUUUGGUAAAAAGCUGGGAAAUGCUGCCAUCUUUGGCGCUGGUGCUACGAUUGGUAGUAAUCUUGUAAACAGCAUUUUCUAA